GCAGCUGCCCUGGCCGCCCGGACACAGCGCGCCGAGCGUCCGCACCCGCCGCCGGUCCCCCCGCCAGCAGGUCACUCGAGAAAGAUGAAGAUAUUUAGCAUCUUUGCAUUCAUGGCCUACUGCCAUUUGCUGAAAGCAUUUACGAUCACAGUGUCCAAGGACCUGUAUGUGGUGGAGUACGGCGGCAAUGUGACCAUGGAGUGCAAAUUCCCGAUAGAAAAGCAGUUAAACCUGCUUGCACUAAUUGUUUACUGGGAAAUGGAGGAUAAGAAAAUUAUUCAGUUUGUGAACGGGAAAGAAGACCUGCAAGUUCAGCACAGCAGCUACAGCCGGAGGGCCCAGCUGCUGAAGGACCAGCUCUUCUUGGGGAAGGCUGCGCUUCAGAUCACAGACGUGAAGUUGCAGGAUGCCGGGGUUUACUGCUGCUUGAUUGGCUACGGCGGUGCUGACUACAAGCGGAUUACUUUGAAAGUUCAUGCCCCAUACCGCAAAAUCAACCAAAGAAUUUCUGUGGAUCCUGUCACCUCUGAACAUGAACUAAUGUGUCAGGCUGAGGGUUUCCCUGAGGCUGAAGUCAUCUGGACAAGCAGUGACCAUCAAGUCCUGAGUGGCAAAACCACCAUCACUAAUUCCAACAGGGAGGAGAAGCUUUUCAAUGUGACCAGCACACUGAGAAUCAACACAACAGCUUACGAGAUUUUCUACUGCACUUUUCGAAGAUCAGGUCCUGAGGGAAACAGAAACAAUACUGCUAAGUUGGUCAUUCCAGAACCCCCUCCAGUUCCACCAAAUGAGAGGACUCACUUCGUGGUUCUGGGAGCUGUCCUGGUGUUUCUUGCUGUAACUCUGGCAGUCAUCUGUCUCAAGAGAAAUGGGAAAAUGAUGGAUGUGGAAGAAUGUGGCAUCCGAGAUAGGAACUCAAAGAAACAAGAUGAUAUACAAUUUGAAGAGACAUAAACCAGCAUUGAAACUCCUGAUCUUAAAGCAGGGAUUCUCAGCCUGUGGUUUGAGUUUGGCAGAGCUAUGCAUGACCAGAGCAGUGCAGUGGGCCAGGCGAGCUGCAGAUGCUCUAGGACUUACCAGAUCCAAUCACUCAACAGCGGAAGCUGGGAGAGAAGAGGAGGAGAACAAAGCAAGAAGGAGCAGAGCGGGUAGCCUGAAAGGAGACCUUGGUACUUCAAAAUGACUGGGAGACUCAUGGGUGCCUACGGGAGAGAGGAGGGACGCUUCUGAAAGAUGAGCCCCCACACAAAUCGUCCAUCGCUCAUCCUAGGAAAACAAGUUGAGAUUCCCUGAUUUAAUGGUCAGUUCCUGCAGAAGUGCCCUUUGCCUUCACUCAACGUCUCUGUCGUCUGUAUGACUGAGAGUCCCAGUGUUGCAACAGUAUUUAAGUAUGUUAUUUCUAUUUAUUUUGAGUCUUUGGAGUCUUGUCACGUGAGUGUGGUUGUGAAUGAUUUCUUUUGAAGAUAUAUUGUAGAAGAAGUUAAAAUGUUGUCACAAAACUGAACUUACUGCUUAGUGAAUUGUGCAUGUUCAGUAAAAUGUGUAGUAGUUAUAAGGUGCGUGGUAUCCUCCACAGCCACCAGGACGUAAGAAGCGUAGAGAACAGGCCCGUGGUUUGUAUAGGAUAUUACCUUGUUUAACCCACCAGUACUUUGGUUGCCUCGAAUAAUCUUAUUCUCGGACCCUAAGGUAAGAUAUGUUACUGCAGUAUCUGUUCCAUUUUAAGUAUCAGUGUUAACAACGAUGUGAUAUCCUACACACAGAAUCUCACUUAAUGCCUAGGCUAGCAGUGUUGUGGUAAGCACUCUUUUCAAACCCGUUUCACAGCUGAGGGAGCAAGAGAGCUAAAGUAACUGGCCUGAGUCCGUAAGUAGCAGACCUCAGAUUUCCACAGCUGUCACCCACAGUCCUUUUAGAAUAAAGUCUAGAGCUGUGUUUUGCUUUAGGAAAUUCAUUCAGAAAACAUUUAGGAAGCACCCAUGUGCCGGGCAGUGAUUGAGCAAGACAAAGAACCUCUCUUCUAGGAGCUCAUAGUAUCAUGGGGAGAUUGAUAAGGAAAUUCAUUAUUACAGUUUAAUGCAGUGUCAUAGCAUAAGGUAUUGGAGGAGAAUGACGACAUGAAGAGGAGAGUCUAGAAAGGCUGACAAAGGGAGGGCAUGCCCUGGACAGCCCGUCAGUGUGUUCCCUGGAAGGUGAAAGUACAUUUUUUUUUUUUUUUAAGAUUUUAUUUAUUUGACAGAGACACAGUGAGAGAGGGAACACAAGCAGGGGGAGUGGGAGAGGGAGAAGCAGGCUUCCCACCGAGCAGGGAGCCCGAUGCGGGGCCCGAUCCCAGAACCCUGGGAUCAUGACCUGAGCCGAAGGCAGACGCUUAACGACUGAGCCACCCAGGCGCCCCUGAAAAUACAUUUUAAUCAAAGUGAUUUUAGUUUAUGGGGGUAAGUCGGUAUUUUUAAAAAUUGUGGAAAAUAACUCUUGAGUUCCUUUUCUAUCAUUAUAUUUAUGUCUGAUUUAUUUGCCUUUGCCAUGCAAUCUGAUGCUUAUGUAUAUGGUGUUGGUAUUGUUCAGCAGUUCUCUCUUUUUUUAUUUAAGUGCUGCUAAAGUUUGAAUUCAAAGCUUUCCAUGAUUCAAAAUUCAGAAGGUCCGAGAGGAGACAUUAAAAAGUCCCCAUUCCAUCCUCCUAGCCAUUGGAUUUCCUUUCCAGAAGCAGCCACUCUUGUCUUUUGUUUUUGUAGUCUUCUAAAGAUAGUCUAUGAAUAUAUGUAGAUAUAUAUAUAUAAAGUAUAUUUUUUAUUCACAUAAGUGGUAACACACUAUUCGUCUGCUGUGCACUUUGCUAUUUUUAUUUAAUGUAUUAUAUCUUAUGGGACCAUUGGAACAAAUGUGAAGUUCCCAGGGGCCAGGCCCUGUGCCUUGUUUAUUUCUAGAUCAGCAUUUCCAUGGCCUGUUAGUAUCUUUUAUAAGACUUAGUACAUGCUAAAUAUGUACUUCAUUGACAUUUGGACAACCAGCAUUUGUUGACUGAUUGCUCUAUGACUGAGUUUGGAUUUGGUUUAUUUUGCAUUUCCCAAAGUGAGACCGUUGGGUUCUCCAGGGUACACUGGGUCAGCCUACUCCUAAAGGAUGACUUUAUUACUAAUUCUGCAUGAUAGAAUCAUGUCUGGAACUUGUGUUUUUUCCUAUCUGUUUUCUCUUGAGUAGAAGAACUAGACUUUGAUUUUGCAGGUGUAAAAAGACAGGGGUGGGCUUUUUGUUUUUGUUUUUUUGGAAAUUCCAGUAAUGUACCUUGACUCUCGCCUCUGCUAGAAAAGGCCAUGAGCUGUGCCUGAACCCCUUAGUCUGACCAGUUCUCAUCACUACAUAGAUCUAAGAUGUUGCAUUUCAAAGGCUUUGAGGUUCCCAUGCCUCCCAGCGUAUUCCUGCUCUCUUGGCCAAACGUUCACCUGGUUUAUCGACAAAGAAAACCUUUGUUUUGCCACAUGUCAAGGCUGAAGAACCAGAAUCUCCAACAGAACUCUUUCUGUUAUCUUUUCGUACAUGUUUAUCUGUACAGCAUCCCUUGUUUGUAUGACAAUAUCCUUUGUGUGACGUAUAAGGAGCAUUCUGGCUGAGCAGGAACAGUCUAUUCACUCCAUUCCUAAAUGUUAAUGCCCUCUUACGGUGUUGGAUUUGUAAGGCACUUUAUCUCCUUGUCUUGUGUUUCACUCUAAAUGACAUAUGCAGAGAGGAUAUUUAGUUCUGCAUUUUAAUUGCCAUUGUUUACACCUGCAUUAAUUUAAUAAAAUAUUAUUUAUUUUGUUCCUUGGUGCACCAGCAUGUCCACUGUCUUGUUUUCUGGGCUUUAUAAAACCACACCCAGUUUAAUGUCCCAGUGGAAAAAGUACUGGGAAUGUCUGCAGCUACCUUCCUAGUUCUUUACUUCAUGGUUGCUGUUUAUGCAGCAUACUCUUAGUUCUGUGCGAAUACCGAAAAAAUAUUUUCGGUAAAUACCGAAAAAAGUAUUUUCUUCAAAAGAAUGUAUUGAAAACUUUCCUUCCCUCUUACUCUAUAGCUUCUUUUAGGACAACACCAAUAAAAAAGUCAAAAUCGUGUUGUACAAAUUGGAGAUCUGAAGGAGGGAGGGUGAGAGAGAAGGAGUGGUCCCCAAGACAGCUCUGAGGAAACAAAGGGACUUUCCUCUGAGAGAGGACUGUUCUCAGAUCAGUAAGCAUGGAUAUGCAAGCUAAUGCGUAUAAAGCUGGAUGUAUUCCAGUCUUCACAUUCUGAAAAGGAAGUGAGAUGUCUAGCAUGAAGUCAAGAAGAGCAUUAAGGCCUGGUCUCGGGUGGGACCAUAAAAAGAUGUAUAGUUUUAAGACAAACAUGACAACAUUUAUCAUUCAUGGAAGUGUAGGACUCUUAAUUGCUGAGUCAUCAAGCUCACUUUAAAGAGACUUGUGAUCAUGUCUCUGAAUAAGACACUCAAAAGGUGAUGAUGACUAUUCCUAAGAAUAUAUGUUGGAUUCUAGAUGUUUUUAAAGAAUAUCAGUAUCUUUGUAGAAAAGAUACUUACUGCCUAACUGAAGACAUGCUACAUAUAUUCAAGAAGAAUUAAGUAAUAAUUCAAGUGCUAGAGAAUAUGAGAGUUUAAGGAAAAUGUCUCAGGACAGUGAGAAGAGAGGACAGCCAAUGUUAUAAAGUAGGGGAAGGGGGAAAUCCCAGGUGCUAGGAGACUCACCAAUGAGGCCAGAUUCAGCAUGGACCUGGGAGAAUGGAGAAGACACCUACCUCUGAUGGUGUGUUUUUAGUCCAUGCAGGCUGCUAUAACAAACUACCACAGAGCAGGUGGCUUAUAAACAACAAAUUUAUUUCUGACCUUUCUGGGGACUGGGAAGUCCAAGAUCAAGGUGCCAGCAUGGUUGUAUUCUGGUCAGGAUCCUCCUCCUGGUUUGUAACUGGCACCUUCUAGCUGUGC